AGCUUCACCGACGGUGUUCCUGAUGACUCGCCGCAGACAGGCGGCCUUCCCAUUAGCCGCUUUAUAAGAGGCACGUAAUCCAGCCGGCCAAAUUAAUUCGGAAAAGCUUGACGCGAGCUGCCGUACCGGGGAGAAAAAAUCAGCCUGGCCCCUUCGUCACGGAUCUGAAUCCAAAACCAAUAAGUAAAUACGCGAAAGCGAGUGCAGUCUACGAGUACGAAACUAAAGGCAAGACUUGCAGAGCUUUAGGCAAUUUAGGAUAAAGCUAUCAGUAUCCUACCUCACGAUUGGCCGAGGUGGGUCACGUGGCCAACGUGAUUGCGCCUGUAUUCGAGGGUGCCUGACACUAAAGAUGGCAGCGCCGAGAGCUGAAUAGGAAUGUGUCUUGAUGUGAAUCAAGCCACAGGACCUUCACCGGGACGUCACUGUCUAUGAAAAAAAAAUAUAUAUAUAUCCGGUGCCACUUUUUUCUAAUGUUUCCAUCGCGUCGGUAUUAGCAGAAAUAAAGAAAAGAAACAGAAAAUAACCACCAGACUGUUGCCUGGGAGAGCUCCAGAAACAUACUGAAGUUUUGGGGAGAUAAGUGAGCACGGACAACUCGACAUUACCUUUGUGUGGUCACUUUUUUGAGUAGAAGGCAAAUAUUCUCUUCCUCGUCGAUCUAAGACCGGACAGUGCAGACGGGAACAAAACGCGGCGCGACUUUCAAAUGCGGUGUGAUACGAGGAGGCGAGGGUUUGUGAUCCAGAAGACCGGGAGAACGCGAAUCUGGACCGCCUAACUCCAAGUGACUGAGUUAAGUAAGCGCUCCCUCCGAAUCUAAAACUGAACCCCAUGGGUCCAACACAUCGGCGUGAGAGAUCUACCCCCAUCUUAUUAAAGGGAAACCCAAGAGAAACCUUUCCUGCUUUAGGCGUUUUCAAGCAAACAUUUGCCACAGACUCAUUUCGGGGCUGGAAAUGUCACAAGGCAGCUCCAUACUGCUAAGGAAGAACAAGAGGCAACUUCACUAAAUAAAACCAUCUUCCCCGUUAAAGGCCAUGGAGCGAAUCACUGUGCGGAUCAAAGAAGAGGAUUGUGAAUGGGAACCUGUUUGCAUUGCACAGCCGGGUUUCUGCAUAAAGCAGGAAGAUUCAGAAUGGGUGAAUAUCUGUUGUGAAGAUGAGGACCAUAAGCCGGGGAUUAUCUGCAUUAAAGUGGAGGAGUCUGAUCUGGCAUCUAAACAUGAAGCGGCUAAUAGUAUCAAGGCAGAAGCGUCUUCAGAGAAUGACUGCAGUUCAGGGUCCUGUCCGGCGAUCAAAAAAGAGACGUACAGUGUGGUGUCCGAGUCGUCCUCUCAACAUCAUUCUGUCUACGUAAAAUCUGAAGCCCCGGGAACUGAUAAGUUAAUAAUUGAGAUGGCACAUGGGACAGAUGAGCCAGAACAGCCAACCUUGUUGGGACUGCCUGAAAAAUGUUUUCAAGAGAGUAGUAGCUGCCCCAUAUCUUUAUUUAUGCUGGGCCUUCAUCCAGAAAAUCAGGCAAAACCAACACUAGUCCAAGAAACAAAGGGCUCAAUCUUUUCAGACUGCAGUGCCUACUCAAGUACAGACCAUUUUCAAAAGCGGAGUAAAGACAGUCUUCUCAGGCAGACAAGAAUUCACGCUGGAGAUAAGCGGCACUGCUGUACUGAAUGUGGGAAACGAUUCUCCUACCUUCGGGACCUUCAGAGACAUACAAAAAUUCACACUGGAGAGAAGCCAUAUUGUUGUUCUGAAUGUGGGAAACACUUCUUGUGCAAUAAUAGUCUUCAGAGACACAUGAAACUUCAUCCAGGGGAGAAUCCACAGAGCUGCUCUGAAUGUGGAAAAUUGUUCUCAUGUCUAAGCAACCUUCAGUUGCACAUGAGAAUCCACACUGGAGAAAAACCAUUUUCCUGCACUGAAUGUGGUAAGCAGUUCCCACGUAGAAACAGUCUUCAGAGACAUGUCAGAAUUCAUACUGGAGAAAAACCACAUUGCUGCUUUGAAUGUGGUAAACGGUUCUCAGAAGUAAGCAGUCUUCAGACACACGUGUGGAUUCACACGGGGGAAAAGCCAUAUUGCUGUUCUGAAUGUGGCAAACAAUUUUCAUCCCUCGGGGAUCUUCACCGACACACAAGAAUUCACACGGGAGAGAAGCCAUAUUGCUGUAUUGUUUGUGGCAAACGAUUCUCUCAAAUAAGCCAUCUCCAGAUUCACAUGAAAAUUCACACUGGAGAAAAGCCACAUUGCUGCUCUGAAUGUGGAAAACGUUUCUCAGAAAUGAGUAACCUUCAUAGGCAUAUGAGAAUUCAUACUGGUGAGAGGCCACAUUGCUGUUCUGAAUGUGGUAAACGAUUCUCACAAAUAAGCAACCUGCAAAUUCACAUGAGUAUUCACACUGGAGAGAGGCCAUAUAACUGUUCUGAGUGUGGAAAACGAUUCUCACAUCGAAGCAAUCUCCAGCAGCACAGCAGAAUUCACACUGGAUCGAGAGAGAAGCCCCAUUGCUGUUCUGAAUGUAGCAAGCGAUUCUCACGCAUGACUUAUCUUAAGAGACAUAUGAGAAUUCACACUGGGGAAAGACCACAUUGCUGUUCGGAGUGUGGUAAACGAUUCUUGCGCCUGAACAAUCUUCAGGUUCACAUGAAACUUCACAUGGGAGCAGAGUUGCACUGUUGUUCAGAGUGUGGUAAAGAAUUCUCAGAAAUAAGCAGUCUUCAAGCACACAUGCGAAUCCACUCAGGAGAAAAUUUGUAUUGCUGUUCAGAAUGCAGCAAGCAAUUCUCAUGUGUAAGCAAUCUUCAGAUUCACACACGGAUUCACACAGGAGAGAAACCCCAUGCCUGUUCCGAAUGUGGAAAACGAUUCUCCCGCAUAAGUAAUCUUCAGAGACAUAUGAAAGUUCACACCGGAGAAAAGCCUCAUGCUUGUUCUGAAUGUGGUAAACGAUUUUCUGAAGUCAGCACCCUUCAGACACAUAUAAGGAUUCACACAGGAGAGAGGCCAUAUUCCUGUUCUGAAUGUGGCAAACGAUUCUCACAAAUUAGCAAUCUUCAGAGACAUAUAAGACUCCAUACUGGCAAAAAGGAAGUCACGGCUCGCAGGUGAUUUUCACUUCUGUCAUGACAACGUGCAUACAAAUACAGAUGGAGAUGUUCACUCCAGACAUAGACGUCACUUUUUCUCCCCACUUAAAAAUUGUAGCCAUAGCUUCAUCAUUCUCUUUUGGUGAUGGGCAGAAUACCAGUAUCAGGAAUCACAGUCCUUCAGGCCAUUGAUUACACAUUCCACGACUGUUCAUUGUUUUGUGAAAAAGUUAAAAAAAAAUCACAUUUUCCUAUUUUGUCUUCGCCAGGCCAAAAUUACUUUUACCUUUAUAAAAAAUGUCUAUGUAUCAGUUGUUACAUUGUCACCUUGUGUCUUAAUAUUGUUAUGUUUAAUUAUGCGGAGGGUCAUUGUUAUUAAAAUAUCCCAUGAUAUGUGUACAUUUUGAGUUGGAUGGACUGAUCUUCAUCAUCCUCUUGCCAGUUCUUUACACUGUGAUUUGUGUGUAUGGCGGAAAUUGACUUGUACUUUAAUAUACAGUAGCUGCCUUACAGUGCCUCACAUGUACAGCUUUAUCUUCAUGUGGACAGCUGCUUCAUUCAAAGAGACUUGCUGUCAGAAGGCCAAACGGUUGUCUUCACUUUACCAAAGCAGUGCCCACUCGCUGUGCAACAUUAUAUCCGAGGCAUCUCCUCUUCAGCCAGUAACUCCUGUGGGAAUAAGGGUAAUCACUCACACUGAACACUAGACCGUGACCCAAUCAACCCAUUUAAAUCAGUCUUACUAAAGCAAAAUUAAUAAAAUCAGCAGUAGCAACAAAUAGGAAAUAUAUUUGAAAAGGGGUUUAUUGAAAGAUGCUUACGUAAGUAUGCAGAAGUUGAUGAAGAUAUGUCCCUUCAAGUCUGAGUGAGUGCAGACCUGCCUCAGAUUCCUCUUCAGUCUCUAGUGGUCUUCAUCUUAACAAGGUAUGCUGCUGCUGGAGUAUGUGGAUUUCACCUUGGGAUUAAAAAAGUAUUCUAUCUAUCUAUCUAUCUAUCUAUCUAUCUAUCUAUCUAUCUAUCUAUCUAUCUAUCUAUCUAUCUAUCUAUCUAUCCGAUCCAAUCUCAUUCAGUGUCGGACAUGGCUGCCGUCUUCUUGCAAACACAGAUCGACACGGCAACUCCAUAUUGGCAAAGGUAUCUGCAAGCACUGUAGGGGUGAUGGCAGCAGUAUCCCGUUCAGUGCUUUGCUGUAAUUGUUCUAGGGUACGAGGCUUGUUCUUGUACACUUUUGCUUUCAGUCCUUCCUGCCCAAAAGACGAAAUCUGAAGGUGACAGAUACAGAGGGAUCAAGGUGGCCAAAGUCCCUUUGAAAUUACCCGAUUGCCAAAAGAUGAUUCAAUUUGUGCCAUGCCGCAAGAAGACGUAUAACAGGUUGCCCCAUCUUUUUGUAAAUAACCGUCACCGAUCUUACGGUCACCGAGUUCAUUCACAAAUCAGUCAACAAUGUUCAGGUACACGUAUACAGGAAUACUGUGAUCUUUUAUUUUGUUUUGAUGGCUUCGUUAUCAAGACAGUAAUACAUCAAAACUCGGGACCCCCGCCCAAUAGAAUCACCCCGUAAAAUGGCUCUUCCAAAAUUUGCCAAAAAGCACCUUGAUGAACUGCUAAAAAUGUUUGGGACCAGUGACUCAAACGUGGGACAGUGUGGAAGACUAGGUCUGACAUGAAACAAACACAUCUUCCUACAGUCAAACAUGGUGGUCAUAGUGUGAUGGUGUGAGGGACCCUUUGCUGCUUUGGGGCUGUAACUGAGGGACGCGUGAAUCCAACUCUCUGCCGGAAAGUACUGACGAAGAAUGUCCAGACAUCAGACUGUGAUCUGAAGAAGAAGCACAACUGGGCUAUGCAGCAGGACAAGGUUCUGAAGUACAAGGGAAAGUCCACCUCUGAAUGGAUGAAAACAAACAAAUAAAUAAAAGGUUUUGGACUGGCCUAGUCAAAGUCCUGACUUGAAUCCCAUUGACAUGUUGUAGUGGGAACUUAAAUGGAUAAUUCAUAGUUGAAACCCCCCCAACAAUUCUGUAGAGGAGAGUGGGCUACAAUUUCUCCACCAGGAUGCGUUUAAUUGCAGUUAUGGCUGCUAAAGGUGGCAAAGCCAAGUACAGUAUUACAUUUGGGUUGGUGGGGGGCAAUUACUUUUUCACAUGGGUGAUAUUGGUGUCAAUUAAUCAAAUAGUAAUUUACAAACUAUGCAUUCAGGUUGUUAUUUUGUAUUUUUCUAAAUUGGUUUGGAGUGUCAGAAACCGUUCCGUGUUAUGAAUGAGCAACCACGGGCGAAAUCGGGGAAGGGGGGGUGAAUACUUUUUCACGGCACAGUAUUACAUGUCUUGUCCUCAAUGUAUUUGGAAUUUUUUUCCAGUUUAUGAAGGCGAAUAGAUUUGUUUCUGAUAUUUCACAAUGAUGUUACAUUAGGUGGCACCGACGCUGCCUUGCCCCGCUGAGUCUUUCCUGCAUGGAGCCGGCAUGUUCUUCCCUCAUCUCCGAGGGGCUUCCUCAGUAAAAAAGACAUGCAGAUUAGGUGGAUUUGCAACACUGCAUUGGUUCAAGUGUGUGUGUUUGGUGUGUAGUUGCAUGCGAGAAUGUUGACCCUGUGGUGGACUGGCAUUCUGUCCAGGGACUUUUCUUGCCUUGUGCCCUUAUGCUUGCUGCCCCCCGGUCACCUUACUCAUGAUUAGAGGAUGGUAUGGUGUAUGUUAAAUUAUAUUGAAGAAUAUAUCUGGAUAUCUUUUGGGUACUUUUGUAUAUUUUGUGUACUACC